CUCGAGCAAAACGAAGCUCACAGAAGAGAAACUGGCUUCGGUCAGAACUCUUGAAUAGGAGAACUCCAGACUGAAAACUGCUCUCGAGACAGCUAAUCGAGACGCCAGUCGGCUGAAGAAGGAGAAGAUGGCUCUGCACGACAAGGCGGGUGAGCUGGCGGGGAAGGUAAAAGAUCUGGAGGCUUAUCUCAGUGGACUUGCCAAGAAGCUGUUCGUCAUGCUCGAAGAAUUCUGCCAGAACUUUGAAGAGGAGACCAGUCGAGUGGAGGCAAGCUUGGACCCUGUUAACUCUCUUGUGAAGGACGAGGCUACAAUGAACGUGCUCCGUCUGGAGUCUCGUACUGCCAGCGUCGUUGACUAUCUGGCUCGGCUGAAAAGGGCCAGCGGCCUUGCCGACGAGCGAGCACGGCAGGCGAAGGUGGCGGCGUAG